UGAAUAAGCCCUCAUUCGACUGUCUCUCUGUAAAUCGACUCUCAAGUCUCGUCUCUCUCUCUCUUCUAAUCAAUUGAUAAAACCAGAAGCUCUUCUUCUUGUAGAAAUGUUGUAAAAGCAUUCUGGGGCAGUGUUGCUUUACACUGGUGGGUUACGUUCAGAUUCCGAUCAGUAUCGCUGCACUGUAUGGAGGUGUAUCCGAUUCCUAUGGCCACCAUCUAGGGUUUUUCGGUGGCGAUACGUACUAGCAGGAAUUUCUACAAGUAGAGGUUGGUAUGUUGCAAAUACAUGAAUUUUAUAGUAUAAAGCCAUAAGAUAAGAUGUUCUCAUCCUGCAAUCAUCUUUAUACGUUCUUCUCCAACCACUCGAAAUCUUAGAUUUUCUAUUAUCAAGAGUACAUGACAGCAAAAAUACUCCAGUGAAAGAGAUUAAAUCGAUUUAUGUAUGUAUGAAUUUAUGUUUUGAUGAUUGGGUUUUGUUAUUCUGAGAACAUUUUUGUUUGCAAUGCAUGUAUUUUUCUCCUGGAUUGCUUCCGGUUCUUACCGAUUUCUGAGGCUCCAGAGCAACCCAUGAAACUUUGAUUGAAUUUAAUUUACUGAUAGGUUCUGCAUGGCCUCAAAACUGAUUCGCAAAUCUGCCCACGAAGCAGAUAACCCAAUUGAAGUCUCUCUAAGAGAAGCUUUUCAGCUUCUUGAACCUCAACUCAGACCCCCAUUUCCUUUAAAAAUCCCGACUCCACAAGAAUACUUAGACCUCAAUAUGGCCAUUCUCUACGGAAUUUUAUGCGAACCUCAUUUGGCCAAAAUUCAUAUUAAGCACUUGCACGGCAAGGUCACGGAUGGUUAUACUUUUUUCACAAACACGCUUGUCAAGAUUGUUGAUGAAUUGUACCCAAAACUUGUUGAGCCAGCAAAGGUUCAAUUGAUUUGGAUUACGUCGGAGAUGGUCUAUGUUUCGGCAUUAGGAGUUGACAUGUUGGUGGUGGCCCUUUUGAGGCAAAUUGUUGGUGGAGAUUUUAGUGAGGGGAAUUUGUGGUUGUGUUCGGUGUUGCUUUCUGUUCUUUUGGACAAAUGGGAUUGUUUAUUAGAAGAAGAGCCCCUUGUUUUGACGAGUGCUUUAUAUACUUUUCUUCGGUUAUUGGCAGAUCAUUAUAGGUUACCGGGUAAUUUGAAGAUAGAGGCGUUGAAGAGAAUGGAGAUUAAUUUUUGUGUUAGAAUGUUGAGGGAGCAAUUUCAUUUGUGUUUCAAGAUCGGGAGGGAUCUUAUUCGGCUUCUACAGGACUUGUUUUACAUACCUGAAUUUCGAGCUAUAUGGAAAGACUUGAUGUUGAACCCAGGUGAAUUUAAAACUGAAGGGUUUUUAGAUAUUUCACGACUUUACCGAUCAAGGACUUCGAGCCGGUACUUUUUACUCCGUAUCACUCCAGAAAUGGAGACCCAAUUACGAUUUUUACUUACAAAUGUAAAGUUGGGGAGUCAAAAGCGUUACCAGGCUUGGUUUGCAACAAAGUUUCUGUGCGCGCCAGAUAGAGAGACAGUUGUAAUCGACAUUGUUCGGUUUAUAUGUUGUGCGCACCAUCCAACUAACGAAAUUAUCCAAUCAGCUAUCAUCCCGAGAUGGGCUGUUAUAGGUUGGCUGUUGAAAUCUUGUCGGAAGAAAUAUGUUGAAUCCAAUGUAAAGCUGGCCCUGUUAUAUGAUUGGCUUUUCUUUGAAGAGAGAGUGGACAAUAUUAUGAAUAUUGAGCCGGCAAUCCUACUGAUGCUGAAUUCUAUUCCUAGAUAUAUUGACAUUACUCAUUCUCUUCUUGAGUUUUUGUUUCUUCUUGUGGACAACUAUGAUAUGGAGAGGAAUGAGUUAAUCGUCCAGUGUGUUUCAUCAGCCUUUUCUGUACUUGUUAGGAAGGGAGUGGUUAACUCACUUGAUGUUUUCAUUGCUUGUGAUGCACUCGCUCCCUUUCUCAAAGAGAGGCUUGUGGCCUUGAUUUCAGGCACUAGACCAAGUGUGCCCAAAGAAUUGCAGUCAGCUCAUAUUCCAGUUCAUUCAGUGCAGUGCUUGAGUUUGACAUGUACAUCUAUUGUAGAUUCUGGUACACCAUUACAGGAAGAGCUGUUGUUAAGUACAUGCUCAAGCAAAGAUGGAAUGGGCACCAAAUGUAGUGAUGUUUCUGUUCUAAUUUCUAAUGAAACAGCCUCUUCAUGUAUUCCAUUAGAUGCGACUACAGGAAGUCAAGAUGAUGCUUUAGAGGAGUUAGUUCAAAGUCUUCGAGAAACCACUAAAUGCUCAAGUACAUUGGGCCUACAGGCUUUGGAAAAAAUACUCUUUUUAUUUGUAAAUCUUGAUUGCCAGAGGCCUGCAAGUGGGCUUAACCUGAGCUCUGAAGUUUUAUCCCAUAAAAUAGCAAAGGAAUUUGAAUUGAAUGGCUACAAAUUAUUUGCUCCUCUUGAAUGUAUUCGGGAUGGUCAAAAUUUUGAUGAUGAGAUUCAAUCUGCUACUGCCUUAAUAGUUCGUAUUUUGAUCUUCUCUUUGCAUGAGAGGGUGCAAGACUUGCUUGUGUGCUGGUCAAGAAAUGGGUUUCCAGUGGGAGCACGCCUGUUGUCUUAUGUGACAAGACUUGCGUAUGAGGCACAUGUGGGUGGAUACCUGGGAAAUCUGGGGGUCGAGAGCAAUUCUGUUGAGGUAAGUGGGUCAGGAAUACCAUUACUGACAUUUCAUGUUGGACAGUAUUUUUGUGUUUUGAGCAAUAGAGGAAAGGAGUCUCCUGAACCUGGUGAUUCUACUUCUAAAAUGGACAAUGAAUUAGUGGCCAAGUUGGUAAAUGGUGCUUUUGCUGCUUAUAGAUGUUUCCUUGCGCAUAUGAGUAGAAAUCUUGGUAAACAAUCUGAUGAUACCUCUCCAGCUAGGCUUAUGUCUUCCGAUUUGAUGGCUUGUUUUGAAUGGGAUAGGAAAAGAUUGAAGUUUUUACUCUGCAGCGUCUUUUAUUAUCUUUCCGACUUGUCCAUUGGUGAGGUAGACAUCAUGAGAUUACUUGUUAGUCAGUUGAAUCAUGCAGAUCUUCUCGAUAUGCAAUUUCAGAUUGGCUUGAAAAAAAUAUUUAUAUUUGGGGAGAGCACAGAAACUAUUUCCCUCUUAAUCAAAAGCUCUUUUGAAUGGGGAUCCUUAGAACAGCAUAAGUUCUGGGGCUUGAUCAGAUCUGAGCUUGCGGUUUCAAAGGUUCAGGUAGAUAAAUUAAUUUUGAAAUUUUUCUGUGCAAAUGAUCUAGAUCCAGAUGUUAAUUCAAUUGCAGUUGGGGGGCUAAUGGCACUGUGCAGUUGUCUUACUCCCACUACUGAGCUUGUUGGGGCAAUCAUGUUUUUACCUAACAAUAAAUUCCAGUACUUUGCUGCUGCAGUUUUGGCAAAAUGGGCUGUUUCCAAUGCCUCAAUGUUGAUUGAGAGCUUAGCCGAUUUUUUGAAGAAACUUAACAAUGGUGGUUCUCUUCUUGAAUCUGAAAGGAUUAUGAUCAAUAAUUCUGCCCUUUUAUGGUUGUUAAGUUAUUUGGACACAAAAGGGAUGAAAGGCAUUACUACUUUGAGAGACUUGUCUGUAAAUAUUCCAGACAUUAAAUCAAUGAUCGGCUGUUGUAAUAGCGGAUAAUUUUUAUCAUCUAGUGACAGGUAUGCAAAAUGUCUGUUUUAUUUUAUCUUCUCUGGGGGAACUUUUAUGCUGGUUUUUCAAAAUUUUCUUGUAUUGUUUUAUAGAAAUGCACCCAUGUCCUAACCGAAACUUGAAUCUGACACCUGCCCUUGAGAGUGGCAGGAUACACCACACACGCUAAUAGCUAGUGAUAUUUCCUUUUCUCCUUUUUGGAGUACUUUCCCUUUAAUAAAGUUGAACAAACUAGCUGUGGUGCAUUUGUAGAGGAUUCAUUAUAUAUUUACAAUACACAAAAAAUUGCUCUGAUUGUUACUGCAUUCUGCAUAAUUCCACUUUAAAUAUUCCUGAUUUAUGAUAGAUAGAAAAGUUCCAGAUGGCUUCCUCUCAGCGGAUAUUUGAGGUGCAUUCCUUCUACAAGUGUUGAUUGCUCGGGGGACUUCCUUUCCAGGCCAGCGGAAGGAAUGCUCUGCUCAUCUUUCUUACGGCUCGUCACCGCAGCGCUCGUUCACCCCUUUGGCCUCUUCAAUUCAAAAAGUGUUGAUGAUUGCUUGGGGGACUUCCUUUCCAGGCCGGCAGAAGGAAUGCUGUGCUCAUCUUUCUUACGGCUCGUCACAGCAGCGCUCGUUCACCCCUUCGGCUUCUUCAAUUCAAAAAUGCAGUCUCUCUUUUUUCCCCCUGAAUAAAGCUUGUUACUAAAGAAGGAAGGCCAUACUAUGGAGAUGAAGCAAGCAAGGGAAGAGUUCCGACAAAGCGAUUGAUGCAGUUAUCAACAAAGCAUUAACUGCUACACAAGAGUGAAGCUAACCUAAAUGGGUCGAAGGCAGGUUAGUCACUAGGGCUCCUCUCAAGUCUUCUUUGGUUGGACGAUGACUCCCCAAUUGAUGACCGACAACAUGAGGAGGAGGAGACAGAUUGCUGUGAAUUGGUGUUACGUGUGCAAAAAGGAUGGGGUGUCGGUGAACCAUCUCCUUCUGCAUUGUUUAGAGGUUUGGGAUCGGUGAGUCAUGCUUUUGGCUUUGUUUGGGGUUCAUUGGGUAAAUGCCAAAAACCACGGUGAGCAUGCUUGAGGCUCGGAGAAAAUGUAUAGUGGGGACUCCAGUCCGAGAUUUUGAGAGGGUGGCGCCUCUUUGUUUAUGGCGGGUGCUUGUUGUGUAGGGAGGGCGAGAAAUAGGAGGUGGUCUUUUGACAAAGAGGAGUCUACUAUUGUGGUGCUCAAGUUUUCUAUUAUUAGUUUAUUUUUCAGGUUCUUGGGAGGUAUUGUAAAUAUGUAGAGGAGUUGGUGGAUUUUUCGGGUUAAUGAUAUUUAAUCAUAUUUUACUUAUCAAAAAGCAGAAAAUGUUUUAUCUUUUAAGGA